AUGAGUCUGUUCUUUGGUAAUGCUGUCAAGAAGGAGGAGAAGGGCAAGAACAUCCAGGUGGUGGUGAGAUGCAGACCCUUCAGUAUGUCUGAACGCAAAGGUAAUUCCUAUUCUGUAGUGGAGUGUGAACAUGCAAGGAAGGAAGUUGUUGUCCGCACUGGUGGGAUUGCAGAUAAGACAGCGAGGAAGACUUACACGUUUGACAUGGUGUUCGGAGCGCAAGCUAAACAAAUUGAUGUGUACCGGAGUGUUAUGUGCCCCAUUUUGGAUGAAGUACUUAUGGGCUAUAACUGUACUGUGUUUGCAUAUGGUCAAACUGGUACAGGAAAGACCUUUACUAUGGAAGGGGAGAGAUCACCUAAUGAGGAAUAUACUUGGGAAGAGGAUCCACUAGCUGGUGUAAUUCCCCGUACACUUCACCAAAUAUUUGAAAAGCUUGGAGAAAGUGGGACAGAAUUUUCUCUAAAAGUGUCUUUGUUGGAAAUUUACAACGAGGAGCUCUUUGAUCUGUUGAAUCCAUCUCCCGAUGUUGGUGAAAAGCUACAGAUGUUUGAUGAUCCACGUAACAAGAGAGGUGUAAUAAUCAAGGGUUUGGAAGAAAUAACUGUACACAACAAAGAUGAGGUCUAUCAGAUCUUAGAAAGGGGGGCAGCAAAAAGAACCACUGCAUCUACUAAUAUGAAUCAGUAUUCUAGCCGGUCCCAUUCAGUGUUCUCAGUCACAUUACAUAUGAAGGAAACAACAAUAGAUGGAGAAGAGCUUGUUAAAAUUGGAAAGCUAAAUUUGGUUGACCUGGCAGGAAGUGAAAACAUAGGCCGUUCUGGAGCAGUUGACAAAAGAGCUCGUGAAGCUGGAAAUAUCAACCAGUCCUUGUUGACUCUGGGAAGAGUAAUUACUGCUCUUGUGGAAAGAACCCCACAUAUUCCAUACAGGGAGUCAAAACUCACUAGAAUCCUGCAGGACUCCCUUGGAGGACGCACAAAAACUUGCAUAAUUGCUACGGUUUCUCCUGCUUCAGCAAAUCUUGAGGAAACGCUGAGUACUCUUGAAUAUGCUCAUAGAGCAAAGAAUAUCAUGAAUAAACCUGAAGUGAACCAGAAGCUCACAAAGCGGGCACUUAUUAAGGAAUACACAGAAGAGAUCGAGCGCUUAAAACGAGAUCUUGCCACUGCAAGAGAGAAAAAUGGAGUCUACAUUUCUCUGGAAAACUACGAUGCUCUUCAUGGGAAGCUGACUGUCCAAGAAGAACAGAUUGCAGAGUAUACUGUGAAAAUUGCAACCAUGGAAGAAGAACUGAAAAGAGUCACUGAAUUAUUCACAGUUCACAAAAGUGAACUUGAACAGUUCAAAGUGGAGCUACAAGUUAAGGAAAAAGAACUAGAAGACACUCAGACGCAUCUGGAAGUGACCAAGACUCUUCUUGACGAAGAAGUCUUUGUAGCAUCGGUUUUGGAAGUUGCAGAAGACAAGCUUCAUGGAACAGCCACUAAGCUACUUAGUACAGUGGAAGAAACUACCAAUGAUGUGUCAGGUCUUCAUGCAAAAAUAGAUCGUAAAAAAGCUGUUGAUCAACAUAAUGCAGAAGCACAGACAAAAUUUACAGAGCACAUGAACACUCUCUUCAACAAAAUGCAGGACUCGGUUAGUGAGAACUACUGGAAACAACAGCAGAUGCUAGACUAUUAUACCAUCUCCAUUGGUGACUUUCUGUCUGCUAGCUCUUCAGCCUUUGGAGUUACUGCAGCAGCUAUACUUGAAGCGUUCAGUUCUGUAAAAGAGACAGUUGCCACAGAAGUGUCUCUGGUUUCUGAAAAGUUACUGAAGCAGGCAUCUCUGACGUCUGAAAUGCAAAAUGAUCUGCAGAAACUGAUAGCAGAACUUACCUCUGGAGUAUACAGAGCAUUAAGUAGUCUUUCUCCUGUUGUAAAACUUGUGCUGGAUAUAAAUUUUCAACUGCAAAAUAAUUUGAAGGAAUAUUCAUCAUUGGCUGAAAAGAUGGAAAGUCUUAAAGAGGAAACUACUAUCUUCUUCCAAAACCAUACUCGUGAUUUGAAUAAACUGCAAGAAGACAGCUCUCAGAUGUUGGCUGAAGUUUAUCGUAACACUGAAAAGUUGGAGGAGAAGAUGAAAUUGGCAAGGCUGGCCCAUGGAAAGGAUAUAGCCCAGCUUGUAGCUUCUCUGCAGCGAACCCAGCAGGAUAUCCAUGGACUGGAAGAGGAAAGUGGUAGUUUGAAGCAGAGUAUUUCUGCUGUAAAGGAAAACCUAACCGUGCAAACUACUGGACUUGCCAACUCUGUCGCUCCCCAGCAAACCAACCUGACUCAGCCUCUGAGUGGCUUUUCUCAGGAGAUCAGGCAGUUGAGUGAAAAGAAUAUGAAUAUGUUGUUGGAUUCAGUUGGUCACUGUGAGCGUUUGGACAGCAGCUUGAAAAGCGUGUGCCAAGAAACCAGCAACUGGGGUGGAGUUGCAACAACCAACAUCAGCUGCAUCAUUGAUCAACAGACAGGCUUCCUCAGAAGCAGGAAGGAACACCUGCAAAGGUUCUGCAAGACUCUUGAUGACAGUUGUGACGUAUCAGUGGCUAAGAUCACCGACCACAUUGAUGGACAGAAGGGUGCUGCGGAGGCAGCCCUGAAGAGGCUCCUUGGCAAGAUGCAGAACGAUUGUGACGUGCUUCAGAAACAAAAAGAGGCCCUCCUUGAGGAAGCAGAGGCUGGAUUAACUCGGGUUAAUGGCUUUAUGAGCAAGGAACUUCAAGUAGACAUCCCAACAGGGGCCACCCCACAAAGGAAAGAUUACCGUUACCCAGUCACAAUUAGGAGAACGGAACCCCGUGAUAUUUUGCUUCAGACAUUAAGGAAACAGCAAGAGGAGCUUGCAGCUGCAGAGAAGCCCGCUGUACCCGUGACUCAAGAGGCCUUGGAUCAGGAGCCUUUGGAGGGUGAAGAAGAAACGAGAUACGCCAAUGACAGCCUGUCAAGUGAAAAAUCCUUCUUGGAGACCAGUGUGUUCAUUCAUACCAAUAGUGGUGUGCCAUUCUUCCAGCAUAAAAGGAGCACCAAAAAGGAGAAAGAGAACAAACUGACAGGCUUAAGUGACAGAAAGGAUGCAGACCAAUCUCUGACAAGACCAAAAUAUCCAUUAAAAGAUCAGAAUUAAUGAAAUACAACAUUCCUGCUUCUGUUGCCAAUCGCAUCAUUUCUCAGCUUGUACAUAGUGCCCUAGCGUCAUGGAUUGUCUGGCAUGUCAACUGUGUUUUAUAUAUGCUGCAACUUGGGGUUUUUUGCAACUUCUUUAUAUAGUUAAAUAAAAACUUUCUAAAAUGCUAGUGUCAUUAAAAGCUGUUCCCUCCCC